AUGCCCUGGGUCAAAGUCUCCGAAUCCCGAUGGGAUCGCCCAGCAAAUGGGAUGGAGAGUUAUUUUAUCUCCAUAGAAAAUCUCACAGCCUCGCCUUUUGAAGGUCGUCAUCAAUACACGAUCAAUUCCCGGUUGAAGGUUGACUACGAUCUUUCGCCAUCCGAGAAGGAGAAGACAUUGCGACAUGCUUGGAAGCAGCUUAGAUAUCUGCAACCGCAGAUCGCAGCAACAGUUGAGGGUGUGAAAAAGGUCUAUGAGAUUCCCGACGAUUUGGCUUUAGAAAGCUGGCUCGAGAGAAUAUUUAUCAUUUCCAAUGCCAGUGAUGCUGAAGAGUUGAGUCGCGAUGUGUCUCCUAUUCUCCAGGCAACUCUCUACUAUCUGCCCCGAUCAUCUAAGCUCGUAAUUCGAGCUCCUCAUUCACUCAUUGAGGCCGUGGGGAUGAUAAUGUUGUGGUAUAGUUACCUCACUGUCCUGACUUCUCCUCGCCCGCCUCGGGCAGAUAUUAUGGCCAAGGCACAGGAAAUAAUCAAUACUUUCGUCACAACGCCGGGUAUUGGGCCUAAGAAUGAGGUGGGUAAGGUGGCACCCGGCCCUACCCAAAGACGCGAGCUGGCAUUCUCUGUGGACACCACGCAAGCUAUCAUAGCCUGCAAGAACAAUGGGUAUAGUGUUACUGCUGCCGUCCAUGCAGCCUUUAUUCGAACCCUCGUGAAACAGGCAUAUCCUGCUGGCGAUCAGGCCAAAUAUGCCACUGCAACCAAUUACAGCCUCCGCGAUCUUCUACCCGAACCUUACAACUCAACCGACUAUGCUGCCGCCUUGUUUUACACGCCUUGUGCCUUCAGCCUUGAUUCGCCAGAAACUUUCAGUGAGACAGUUCGAGCGCUUGAUAUUGCCUAUAAAACGACCUUCCGCGGGAAUCCCGAGAACGUGGAAUUGAGUGGUUCUGUAACUCGGGCCCUGUAUGAAAAAAUGCAGGACCCAGAAGUUCUUGCAGGCCCGGUUCCUCGCGAUGCUCUGGUCAGCAGUCUGGGGGGUGUUGAGCGUCAUCUACAGCACUCAUAUGGUGCUGGUGAUGGCAGUGUUGUUGUCCGUGAUUUCAAGUUCGGCAUCGAGGUCGUUGUGGGCUAUAGCAUGUUUUUCUUCUAUACCUUCCGGGACCAGCUGCGAUUAAUUUAUAGCUUCAAUGAGGCAUCUGAGGACCCUGACAAUAUUCAAACUUAUCUUGAGGAUAUGCGAAACAUAUUGCAAGAUGAGUUACGGGUGCAAUAG